GUUUCAUUCCCUCCCUACCUUCCACAGCUUAUCUUGUGGGCAUUCAUUGACUUCAUUCAUCAGUCAUCACUGAUUCACUGAUCACCCAACCAACCCAGGAUGCAAAGUCACAAAUUUCAGACACUGUGCGUUUGAAAUCUCCCGUUGGUCUAUCGCUCUCAUUUUAAUUUUCCGUUGCCAUUCCAUGCCGACCUGGUCUUUUAACAAAAACUCUGAAGCAGAGUAGUUUCUUUAGCGUUUCUAAUUAGCCGUUGAAGAACAUGAUUAAUACUUGCCUCGGCGUUCCUGCCAAAAUCAUAUCACCUCCGCUCACCUCUCUCAGACCUUCCCGCGACAAGAUCUCCUCGGGUGAAUCCUUGAAGCAUCCCCAGUUUGAACCCCUCAAGAACCGUUUGAUCCGCCUUGUCAAUGGGGGCAAUCUUGACGGUGCUCUCUCGACCCUUGAAUUCAUGACCCAGAAGGGAAUUCAGGCGGAUUUGGUUACUUAUUCUGUUCUUCUCAAAUCAUGUAUCCGAUUUCGGGCUUUCGAUCGUGGGAAGGUCGUUCACCGCCGUUUUAUCGAGUCCGGUCUCGAAUUGGACACUGUUGUGCUGAAUACUCUUAUUAGCUUAUACUCCAAAUGUGGGGAAUCGGAAACAGCUGAGGCCAUUUUCGAAGGCAUGGGGGGUAAUAGGGAUUUGGUUUCGUGGAGUGCGAUGAUCUCGUGCUUUGCGCAGAACAAGCAGGAGCGUGAAGCCAUAGCCACAUUCUAUGAGAUGCUGGAAUCGGGGCAUCAUCCAAAUCAGUUUUGCUUUUCGAGUGUCAUUCAGGCGUGUUCUAAUGCGGAGAAUGCUUGGAUAGGAAGAGUGAUUUUUGGGUUUCUGAUAAAAACUGGGUAUUUUGAAUCUGAUGUGUGCGUAGGAUGUGCUUUAAUUGAUAUGUUUACAAAGGGCAGUGGGGACUUGGUUUCUGCACGGAAAAUAUUUGACUGCAUGCCUGAAAAGAAUGUCGUCUCGUGGACGUUGAUGAUUACUCGAUACCUACACUGUGGGUCCCCGUUAGAAGCCACUGAUUUAUUUCUGGAUAUGCUUUUAACCGAGUUUGAACCUGAUCGUUUCACUCUAACUAGUGUAAUUUCUGCUUGUGCUGAGCUAGAAGCAGUUGAGCUUGGGCGGCAACUGCAUUCUCGAGCCAUCCGAACUGGAUUGGCAUCGGAUGUUUGUGUUGGAUGUAGUUUGGUAGACAUGUAUGCAAAAUGUGCAGUGGAUGGAUCAAUUAGUGACUCUCGGAAGGUUUUUGAUCGGAUGCCCAGCCAUAAUGUUAUGUCCUGGACUGCAAUUAUCACAGGAUAUGUGCAGUGUGGAGGGCGUGAUGAAGAAGCAGUUGAACUCUUCUGUGAUAUGAUACAGGGACAAAUUCUUCCUAAUCAUUUCACAUUUGCUAGUGUUCUCAAGGCAUGUGGGAAUCUCUCUGAUCCAAGUAUGGGUGAACAGGUUUAUGCUCAUGUGGUUAAACGGGGUCUUGGAUCAAUUAAUUUUGUGGGCAAUUCUCUCAUUAGUAUGUACGCUCGCUCAGGUAAGAUGGAAGACGCCAGGAAAGCUUUUGAUAUUCUGUUUGAGAAGAAUAUGGUUUCCUAUAACACACUUAUUGAUGGGUAUGCCAAGAACUUGAGUUCUGAAGAAGCCUUUGAACUCUUCCAUCUAUCAGAGAAUGUGGGCAUUGGGGUGAAUGCUUUCACAUUUGCUAGUCUCUUAAGUGGGGCUGCAAGUAUUAAUGCAUUGGGAAAGGGUGAGCAGAUACAUGCUCGGUUACUAAAAGCUGGCUUUGAAUCUGACCAAAUUGUAAGUAAUGCUUUGAUCUCCAUGUAUUCUCGGUGUGGAAACAUAGAUGGAGCUUACCUAGUUUUCAAUCAGAUGGAAGAUCGAAACAUUAUCUCAUGGACUUCGAUGAUUACAGGUUUUGCAAAGCAUGGGUAUGCUAGGAGAUCUCUAGAAAUGUUCAAUGAAAUGUUGGGGGCAGGUAUAAAGCCAAAUGAGAUCACCUACAUUGCAGUCCUGUCGGCUUGCAGCCAUGUGGGAUUGAUUGCAGAUGGAUGGAAGCACUUCAAUUCCAUGUAUAAGGAACAUGGUAUUCUUCCAAGAAUGGAGCAUUAUGCUUGCAUGGUUGACCUACUUGGCCGAUCAGGUCUCCUUGAAGAAGCCCUCAAAUUCAUAUACUCAAUGCCAUUCAGGGCUGAUGCUUUGGUAUGGCGUACAUUGCUUGGAGCUUGCCGGGUUCACAGAAAUAUAGAACUUGGGAUACUGGCAGCUCAGAAUAUUUUAGAGUUGGACCCACAUGAUCCAGCUGCAUAUAUCUUACUUUCAAACUUGUAUGCUUCAAAAGGAGAAUGGGACAAUGUAGCAGAAAUCAGGAAGAGUAUGAGAAAGAGGAAAAUGAUUAAAGAAGCGGGCUGUAGCUGGAUAGAGAUAGAAAACAAGGUUCACAAAUUCCAUGUUGGGGAUACUUCGCACCCCCAAUCAAGGGAGAUCUUUGAAGAGUUGGAUCGACUGGCUUGCAAAAUAAAGGACAUGGGCUAUAUCCCUGACAUAGAUUUAGUUCUCCAUGAUGUGGAGGAGGAACAGAAGGAACAAUAUUUGUUUCAACAUAGCGAGAAGAUAGCAGUGGCUUAUGGUCUUAUAAGCACAUCUAAGUCGAGACCAAUCCGGAUAUUCAAGAAUCUUCGUGUAUGUGGAGAUUGUCAUACUGCAAUGAAAUUCAUUUCAAUGGCAACAGGGCGAGAAAUAAUAGUGAGGGAUUCCAACCGCUUCCAUCAUAUGAAGGAUGGUCUGUGCUCCUGCAGUGAUUACUGGUAAAAAUAUUACAUGGAAGGGGCAAUAAAUCUUUUGUUAGAGUGGAAUGGUGAAACAAGAUUCUUGUAGCCAACCCCAUAUAUUUGCAAUGAGGAUUUGUUGAGUUGGGUUAAUUUCACCUGAAAUUAUUGAGUGGUUCUUUUAUCCAUCUUAAGGUACGACUCCUCAGUUUUCUGGAUGAAGCUAUGGAGAAUCUGACCAGAACUGAACUUCUGAUGAACCAGCAUGGUUAAUGAAGAUAUGAGAGGUUCUAGGUUUAUUUCCCCUACAUCGGCACUUUGUGAGAAAGAUUAUAAUUCCAAGAGAAAACAGCAAGGUUGAUGCAACAUGAUUCAUUGCUCUAUAAAUGCAAUCAAUGGAAAUUGGGGACUGGAUUUUCCAUUUUAUUCCUAACUAUGGUCUUUAGAAGCUCUCGCUUUUUCAUUUAAUGAAGAGGAGAAAGCUAGUUUCAUCCAUUGCUAAUGGAGAGCCUGAGAAUUGGCCAAAUACUCUUUACUGUAAAAUUUGUAAACCAAAUACAACUAAUUUUCCAUUAACAUGUA